GGUGAUACUACAGGGGGGGAACGUUGCAGAAGUGCAGUGGAACUCGCUUUCAGACGGGCUAACACUGGGGCACGGGCGAGGCAGCCGGGCGUGCGAGAAGCUUUGGAAACGGUGCGCGCUGAAGAGGUCAUAUGGCAAAAUAUUCAGUAUGAUAAGUUCUCUCUUCACACAUAUGCCCCUAGUAGUAACCCUCCCUCUUUCCCGCAGGUCCUGAGUGAGCCGGAGAAGACCGAGGUCCACCGCCACGUACUGGAGAUGAUGAAGUCCGUGGCAGUGACGGAGGCCAACUCGGGUGUUCUCAACCUGAAGACGACAAGACGCCACUACAACAACUCCCAUAACGCAGGCGGUGACACAAACAACGCCCACGAAGCUCAUCCUUUCCGCGAGUAUAUGGACAAUCCAGCGCCAGAUACAUCCGUGUCUGAUAGCGAAGAGAUCAUGGCUUACGUCAACAUGAAGGUGCACCUGGACGAUGACGACAUACUCGGAUGGUGGUCUGGAACCUCAGCAUCAGGACUUUCUACGCUGCGACUUUUGGCACGCAAGAUCCUUGCCGUGCCUGCCACCUGCGCCUAUGCCCACGACCUCUGCGUAGAUGCUCGCCAGGCCGCCAGAAAAUGGGCCUUGCGAUGA